AUGAGUUUAAGAGUAAACCCAUCAUUUGAAACACGUACAGCACGAGUUAAAGGAAUUUCAUUUCAUCCAACAAGAAGUUGGGUAUUAGCAUCAUUACAUAAUGGAAAAAUUCAACUUUGGGAUAUGAGAACACGUACAUUAUUACAUGUUUAUGAAGGACAUAAAGGACCAGUGAGAAGUGUUCAAUUUCAUCCAGAUAGACCUAUUUUUGUAAGUGGAGGAGAUGAUACAAUGAUUAUUGUAUGGAGUUAUACUAAACAUAGAGAAAUAUGUAAAUUAACAGGUCAUAUGGAUUAUGUUAGAACAGUUCAAUUUCAUCCAAGUGAAGCAUGGAUUAUAUCAAGUUCAGAUGAUAGAACAAUUAGAAUAUGGAAUUGGAUGUCAAGACAAUGUAUUUUAAUUUUACCAGGUCAUGAACAUUAUGUUAUGUCAGCAUUUUUUCAUCCUAAACCAAAUAUUCCAUUAAUUGUUUCAGCAUCAUUAGAUCAAACAGUAAGAGUUUGGGAUAUUUCAGGAUUAAAAGAAAGAGGAGAAGGAGUAGUUAAAUUUAUUAUUGAUGGACAUCAAUUAGGAGUAAAUUGGGCAGUUUUUCAUCCAAAUCAACAAUAUAUUGCAACAGCAUCAGAUGAUAAAACUGUUAGAUUAUGGAAAUAUAAUGAUACAAGAGUAUGGGAAGUAUGUUGUUUAAGAGGACAUUCAUCUAUUGUUUCAUGUGUUCAAUUUAUGUCAAAUUGUGAUAUUUUAAUAAGUAAUUCAGAAGAUAGAACAAUUAAAAUAUGGGAUAUAACAAAAAGAACAUUAAUUAGUUCAUAUAGAAGAGAAAGAGAUAGAUUUUGGAAUAUUGGAAUUCAUCCAAAAGGAAAUAUUAUAGGAUGUGGACAUGAUUCAGGAAUGAUUAUAUUUAAAUUAAAUGAAGAAAGAAUACCAAUAAUUAAAACAGAUGAUAGAUUAUAUUAUCUUUGUAGAGGAGCAAUUAGAGUAUUUGAAUUUUCAGGGAAGAAAGAUUCAGGAUUAAUUAAUUUACCUAAAAGAAGUAAUGCAGGAAUUAAUGAAUAUAUUGGAAAUUUAGUAAUAGAUGAAAAUAGAAAAUAUAUAAUUGUUUGUUAUCCUAAACAAAAUUCACAUGAUUUAUAUAAUAUUAGUAAUGGAAAAGAAAGUACAGGAAUUCCUAUUAAAGGAGGAUAUUGUGUUAGAAUAAAACAAGGAUAUGCAGCAUUUGAUAAAGGAGCAUCAACUAUUUCAAUAAGAAAAUAUGAUGGAAGUGUUAUUAGAUCAAUUACAUUAACAGAAAGACCAGAAAGAAUGGUAAAAGGACCAUAUUUAGGAAGUGUUGUAUUUGGAACAAAAGAAGAAGCAAUUAUUUUUGAUAUUGAAAGUCAAAAAGUAAUUAAAGUUGUUAAAAUGAAAACACUUAAACGAGUAGUUUCAGGAGGAAUAUAUGGAGAAUAUUGUGGAUUAAUUGGAAAAAGACAAAUUGUUAUUUUAAAUAAUAAAAUGGAAGUAGUUUGUAAAAAUAAUGAAGUAGCAAAAGUUAAAAGUGGAGUAUUUUUUGGAGAAACAAUGUUUUAUACAACAACAAGUCAUUUAAAAUAUAUUCUUCCUAAUGGAGAAGGAGGAGUUAUUAAACAAUUAGAAACAGUUAUGUAUUUAGCUGAUGCAAGACCACCAAAAAUGUAUUUAGUUAAUAGAGAAGGACAAUUAAAAUUAUUAACAAUUAAUCCAAAUGAAUAUUUAUUUAAACUUAAUGUAUUUAGUAAAGAUUAUUCAACACUUGUUUCUAUGGUAGAACAACGUGAUGUUAUUGGACAAUAUAUUGUAGGAUAUCUUAGAAAUAAAGGAUUACCUGAAAUUGCAUUACAAUGUGUUAGAGACCCACAAAUUAGAGCAGAUUUAUCAUUAAAAUGUCUUAAUUUAGAAACAGCAUUUGAUGCAUGUAAACAAUUAGAUUCUCCUUUAAUGUGGAAAUCAUUAGGAAAUGCAGCAAUGAUUUCUGGACAUCAAGAAUAUGCUGAUAAAGCUUAUCAAAAAACACAAGAUGUUACUCGUGCAUCUUAUUUAUAUGUAAGUUGUGGUGCAUUAGAAAAAUUAGAUAAAAUUAUAAAGGUAACUGAAAAAUGGGGAGAUUUUGAUGCACAUUUUACUUGUUCAACAUUAAGUGGAAACAAAGUUCAAAUAGUUAAAUCUUUAUUUGAUGCUGGUCAAUUAAAUUUAUCAUAUCUUGCUGCUAAAAAACAUGGUUUAGAUGAAUUAGCUGAAAAAAUCGCUCUAGAAAUUAAAAAUCAAGGAAAUCAACUACCAAAAAUUCCUCAAAAUAAAAAACCAAUCCCUUUUCCUUCUCAACCAACUAAUCCUUUAUUAGUGAUUAAAUCUUGGCCUACUGUGGUUUAA